AACUGCACAUAAUUUUUGUGCGGUGUCUUCAAUGACGCGUUAACUUUUCUUUCCUUCUCCUUCUGCAAGAAACACAGCCUUGAACGAGUCCUCAAACUCUCUUAGAGUAUCCCUCUAGUAGUCCCCCGUUCAAUACGUUAGCCGUUCCAAGGGGGAAAGAUGGUCGAUGUGUCCAAUUCUAAAGGCGGUACGGUUCUCGUCUCAAUCCAGCCAGUCUCCUCUGACCUGCUGCCCCCUCAGCCAAACAUUGAAGAAGGAUGGGACAUAGUUGCUGAAGACGGCGGGGCACAGACUGAUGAGCCAACAACUCCGCGUGCUGAGAGAAAAGAAAUUCAAGACAAAGAGAAAGAAGAUCAUUACGGGUUUAUAGUCAGACCAGGAGAUGAUCAACUUCAUUAUGAUGCCACUGAUGAUGCUAAGAAGGUGAGAGAGAGAGAGCAGAAGUGGUUGAAAAUGAUCACCAAUUGGAAGGAUUGGUCUGAUAACAAAAGCACCCGGCUUAAAGAAAGAUGUCGUAAAGGUAUCCCAGAUUCCCUCAGAGGCAGAGCUUGGAUGCUUUUAAGUGGAGCCAAUGAAUUAAUGGAACAAAACGCAGGAGUAUUUGAAGAGUUAGUGUCUAGGGAGGAUAAUGACGUUGUUAUUCAUGUUAUUGAUAAAGACUUGGCUCGGACUUUCCCAUCACACGUCCUCUUUGCCGAGAAAGGAUCCCAAGGGCAAAGGGAUUUACGAUUAGUUCUAAAAGCUUAUGCUUUUUAUAACGAAAAGACAGGCUACUGUCAGGCUAUGGCGCCAGUUGCUGCAACUCUUCUAAUGCACAUGCCAGCAAAUCAAGCCUUUUGGUGUUUAGUACAGAUAUGUGAGCAGUACUUGCCUGGAUACUACAGCCCUGGACUCCAUGCAUUCCAAAUAGAUGCUCUGAUACUGAAAGACCUACUAGCGAAACAACUCCCAGUGGUUGCUCAAUUUCUAGACUCGAAACUUCCACCUACAAAUCCGAACGAGGUCCACAAAGGUCUUGACCCAGUACUUUAUUGUACCGAAUGGUUCAUGAGCAUAUUCUCUCGCUCGCUGCCUUGGAGAUCUGUCCUCAGAGUCUGGGACAUGUUCUUUUUUGAGGGUGUCAAGGUUUUGUUCAAAGUUGCUCUUGCGAUCAUGAGCUUAUCAUUCUCAAAGCCAAAACAAAGAGAGGAGUGUCCUGGGUUUUUUGAAGUAACGCAAAAGCUACGCAAUCUCCCCCUGUCUGUCACUCAUGAGGGGAUCCUCCUGCCAGAAAUCCUAAGAUUUCCGAUACACAAUCAAGAGCUAAAGAAGUUUCACUUCCAGCAAGCUGACGUCCAUUUCUCUGAGGAGAGAGCUAGAAUUAUGGAAAUGCAAGCGAGAAGGUCUCAAGCGAGAAAGAGUUUUUCGACGCUCUCCGAGGCGACAUCUGAAGGACCUGACUGACAUUU